GCUCCCCUCCUCCAGUCUUCACCACUCAAUUGAAGCGCCGCAGCCUCCCCGCCCUUCGAGAUGCUUCUCCAGAACCUGUCUUUGCUGUCGCUGGCCGUCGGAAGCUAUGCAGCGAGCCUGCAGCCAGCUUCCGCAGACGUCACUACGCUUGACCACUCAACUUCAGAGGAGCUGCUGUCACUGCACAAGAAGCUGGUUGAAAUCGAGUCAAUAAGUGACAAUGAGCUCGAAGUAGGCACCUGGCUAGCAUCGUACCUCAAAGACAGUGGCUUCACCGUAGAGAAGCAGAAGGUCGCGAAAGACCGCUACAACCUGUUGGCGUAUGGCAGCAAGCGCGAUACCACCAUCCUCCUCUCCUCGCACAUCGAUACCGUUCCCCCGUUCUGGCCAUAUUAUUACAACAAGACCACCGAUAUCAUCGGUGGUCGUGGUAGUGUCGAUGCAAAGGCUAGUGUCGCAGCGCAGAUUUUGGCUGUGAAGGGUCUCGCCAAAGAUGGUGAAGCAAAGUGGCUGCGCGACGAUAUCUCGCUGCUCUUCGUUGUGGGAGAAGAAACUGGCGGCGAGGGGAUGAAGGCUUUCAGCGCCUGGGAGGAGCGUCCUCAGUAUGACAUUGUCAUCUUUGGGGAGCCUACCGAGGGCAAGCUGGUCUGCGGACACAAGGGCAUUCUGGGCUUUGAGAUUCAUGCCACAGGCAGGGCCGCACACUCUGGCUACCCAUGGCUUGGUGUGAGCGCCAAUGAUAUUUUGGCUGAGACGUUGAGUGCGUUGCUCGAGCUCAGGCAGCAUCUGCCCUGGAGCGAGAAGUACGGCAACACCACGAUGAACUUCGGUCGCAUCCAGGGCGGUGUAGCAGCCAACGUUGUUGCCGAGACAGCAAGCGCAAAGAUUGCGACACGUCUUGCGGCCGGUACACCGAAGAUCGUCCAGGGCCUCAUCCUCAACGCGACGAAGGAGGUCAAGGCUCGCGCACAAAAGCAGGGUGGGGAUUUGGAGUUUGAUUGGAGUGGCAAUGGAUACGGCCCAGUUGACAUUGACUGCGACAUCGAGGGCUUCGAAAAGCUGACUGUCAACUACGGCACCGAUGUGCCCAACCUCGAGGGGGACCACAGGCGGUAUCUGUACGGACCCGGCAACAUCUUUGUCGCGCACUCAGACCACGAGGCGCUCAAGAGGAAAGAGCUGGAGCAGGCCGUUCUCGACUACAGGAGACUAAUCAUUCAGGCUUCCAAGAUGGAGCCAAAGAGGAAGGCAUCGCACACGAACGAUGAGCAGGUCGAGUUGUAGAUAAGCCAUGUACGUUGUGUAUGCCUUUAGCAAGCGAAGUAAGUAUUCGCCCGUCACGCUUGACAAUUCAGUGUUUCUUAUUGGGAUGGUAGCGGUGUAUACCGCGCUGUCGGAUUUGUGCAUGGGCGCGGCCGUCUCAGGAUGACCAUUGCGAACGCAAGCAUCAAUCGAGCAUUGGAUUUGAAGAAGGCAGUAAUGGGUCGGAUGCAUAACGUCUGCAACCCAUCGUCAGCCCCAUGAUAAAGACUAGACCUUGUGUAGUGUCAGAUCGAAUUUCUACGUGACUUGGGUGGUCAUUGAAACGAGGAGAAGAAAGAAAAGAACACCACUUCCAGCGCAAGACUUAUAUUGAUUGGGCACAUAAUCAUGAAGGGCACUACAUAUAAUUCACACUUCAAGACACAUCAAAGUGAUGUUACUCGACCAC